AUGAAUUUCUGUAGUUUGUUCGAAAUGCUUUACGUGACGCGCCAAGUUUCUGAACCAUCACAUGAAAGCACUGACUUGACUGAAUUGGUGUUGAAAUUCUGGAUGUUAUUCACGCUUUGUGCUGAGUGGAGUGGAGUGGAGUGGAGUGUAGUCGAUCUCCACACUGAUUUCAGAUUAAUGCAGGAAGGCCUGUGUUGCUGUCUUUCUGAUCCU